UAUCAGGUGCUAAUCUGCAAGGAGCACGCUACAGGCAUACAGAACGUCGAUGUGCAUCUGCGCGACCAGCACGGCGUAGCAAGCGAAGAGAGGAAAUCAAUUGUAGAGCACUGCCGGCAAUGGCAGAUCGCCGCACCGCAAGAUGUUGAGCUGCCUGCGCCGUUGGGGCCGCUGAUUGAGCAGCUAGGCGAGCCGUUAGACGUCUAUCAAUGCAGGAUCACUAGCGACUGCGGCUUCUGUACCGCAAACAAGAUUAGAAUGCAGAAGCACUGCAACAACGUACACUAG